CCUCCUGCCCCUGUAAUGUUGCACUGCUGUUGGCUGCCAAGUUGGUAUUAAAUCACUUGAUGUUGUUAGCUACCUUGGGGAGCUUUCAAGCAGAACCCUAUAGAGAGAGUGUAGAGAUCGGUGAAAGUGUGAGAGGGGAAGAUGUGUACAUCAUCCAGAGUGGCUGUGGAGAAAUCAAUGAUAACUUGAUGGAACUUCUCAUAAUGAUCAAUGCUUGCAAGAUUGCAUCAUCAUCCAGAGUGACUGCAGUAAUUCCAUGUUUUCCAUAUGCGAGGCAAGAUAAGAAAGACAAGAGUCGUGCUCCAAUCUCUGCAAAACUUGUUGCCAAUAUGCUGUCAGUUGCUGGGGCUGACCACAUCAUCACCAUGGAUUUGCAUGCUUCUCAGAUACAGGGUUUCUUUGAUAUUCCAGUGGAUAACCUGUAUGCAGAACCUGCAGUAUUGCAAUGGAUUAAAGAGAACAUUUUGGAAUGGAGAAACUGUAUCAUAGUCUCACCUGAUGCAGGUGGAGCAAAAAGGGUUACUUCAAUUGCAGAUAGACUGAAUGUUGAAUUUGCUCUGAUUCACAAGGAGAGAAAGAAAGCAAAUGAAGUGGACAGAAUGGUAUUGGUUGGUGAUGUGAAAGAUAGGAUAGCUAUUCUUGUUGAUGACAUGGCUGACACAUGUGGCACAAUAUGUCAUGCAGCAGACAAGUUAGUGUCUGCUGGAGCCACUAAAGUUUAUGCUAUUCUGACUCAUGGAAUCUUCUCGGGCCCUGCUAUUUCUCGGAUCAAUAAUGCUGCAUUUGAGGCAGUUGUAGUAACUAACACAAUCCCACAGGAUGAGAAAAUGAAACACUGUCCCAAGAUUCAGGUUAUUGAUAUUUCCAUGAUUCUGGCCGAGGCAAUCCGAAGAACACACAAUGGUGAAUCUGUGUCAUACCUGUUCAGCCAUGUUCCACUAUAACUGCAAGAGAUUAGUAUUUUCCUAUUGGUUGUAUCCACCUGUCAUUGUUCUUAAAGAAUGCAACUCAACAAUGAAAUGACUCCCUCUGUAAAAAGCUUUAGAUCUUGCAUAAUUAAAGGUUUUUUUUCAUUUUCUAAUUAAUCUUUCUUCAUUGUAAAUGAGCAAUGCAACUCCAUCUUGCAAAAUCUGUUACAAAUAGGAUUUUGGAAGCUUCAGUUCUUACCUGUGACUUAUCCCUAUAAGUAACUUUUUUGUUUUCUGUAUUUGCCUGCAGCAAGAGGGUCAAUACAUUUCAAAACUUUUUUAUAUUUGUGGUGGCUGCCAAAAGGAGCCCAAUUUUAAAAUAUUUCAUAUUUAGUUUAUAUUUAAUAAGAAGUUGAAUGGGCAAUGAGGUAUUUCUUCUGCUGUGUAAUAUUGAACCUUGUCAAGGGCUGUUAACUAAACAUUGGGAAAAGGGAUCAGAUGUGUAUUCCCUUAAGUUAAAUAUUUUUAUACUUUUGCUUUUUACUUUGGCAGAAAUCGUGUGGUAGCUUGAUGCCCACCUACUUCAUAUACCUCAUGAUUCAAAAUUGCUGGGCAAGUUCACUUUUUGUGGGGUCAGCAUGGAUGUAGAUUAGAGAUUAGUUGCUUGUGUUCUCUUCCUAUUAAACUGCUGCUUCAAAUGUCUAAUCUCUAAAGCUGGGACCACAAUCUCCACUUUUCUGCCUGUGGUAGUUUAUAGAAUUUCUGCCUUCAAAAUGUUGGCAGAAUUUACAAUUAAAUGUGUAAUUUACAAGUAAAUGUGUAAUUCGUAGACAUCUUUUAUCUAUUCAUUGGCUUUGCAGUUAACUUACUACAGUUUGUUGAACUUUACAUCUUCAGUUUUAACCAGAAGUCUAUCACAUUAUAGAUCUUUCCAAUACAAUUUGAGACUUCAAUAAUAAAGUUGUAGGGAACUAGUGGCACAUUCACAGUAUUCAGUGUGUCACAUUUUGGAGCAUAUGAAAUUGCAAAAUUCAAAUUGUGCGUGCUCUCUUUUUGCCCCUGGAAAGUUCAAUCUUUCUGUUCUAUAUUGCUAGCUGCAGUUUUCAUUUUUCCAGUUCAUAGUUCCCCUAUUCUCAAGGGGCUUGGAUACUUAAACCAUAGAAUGUAUUCAGAGCAUACAAGGUAUUGAAGUUUGGCAAGUUAAAGUAAUAUUCACAUAUCUAGAUGAAGAUAGAAUAUCCAAUUUUCCACCAGAUGUAGUUCAUUUUCUAUUUUAUUUUUCAUACCUUAUAAAUGAUUUUUGUAUAAUUGUUGUAUUGUGGGGAUCAAAAAAGUAGCCUGAUUUCUGCCAGUCUUACUGUAUUAUGGUAUUACUUUAAACAUGUUUAUUUUUCUCUUGCCUCUUAGGCAGCCUGAUAUUUUUCCAUUGUCUGCCUUGUAUAAUUCUAAGGUUGCUUUAGUUUAUGCCAGCUCUCAUGUACCUUUUCAGGGAUUGUUGAAAAAAGAUCCACUUGUACUGUCGUUGUUAGCAAGGAGAGGAAUAAUGGUGGAGAAUAUAUCCAUGUCAAUAAUCAAAAGAAAAUGCAGUUCAGGUGUCUGUCUAAUGAACUUCUAGACCUAGUAAUUUUCAAAUUUAUUUUCAAAUUUUAUAAUGUGACAGGAUCAAUCUGUUACCUGCCUGUUGCAUACAAUGUUUUCUAUAGAAUUAUUUAACUUCUUGUAUUGUUUAAGCUAAACAGCUCUAAAAUUAUCACAUUGCAAUUAAGUCUACCCCAAAACUAUGGCUGAUUACCGAAGUGUGACCAAUUGAAAAUUUUCUUUAACUUUUCUUUUGUUAGUACAUUUAGUACCAUAGACAAUAUCUGUUGCCUUGCUAUGUCAGGGCUUUGUUACAAAUGAAAUGGACUGUUUUGCCAAUAGUAUGCUGUAUUCUUUAUUCUUAAUAAAUCUUAAAACUACUU